AUGUCUAUCCGGUAUAUCGGCCAGAAGCUUGCGCAGCAGAUCGACGAGGAGCUCAUGAGCUCGGCGGGCGCCUUCAGCCUCGACCAGCUCAUGGAACUAGCGGGUCUGUCGUGCGCCCAGGCGCUGGGGAAGAGCUACCCGCCCAAGACGCACAAGAAGGUCCUCGUCUGCUGUGGACCGGGAAACCAGGGCGGUGAUGGCCUCGUUGCAGCCCGGCAUCUGCACCACUUCCACUACACGCCGACGCUGUAUUACCCAAAGCCGGGCAAGAAGGAGAUCUACCAACGGCUUCUGAAGCAGUGCACGAACCUGGACAUUCCGGUGCUGUCGACGCUAGACGAGUUCCACUCCGCCCUCAAGGCAAACGACGUGGUCAUGGAUGCGAUCUUUGGCUUCUCCUUUGAGCCGCCCGUGCGCGCGCCGUUCGAUAGGAUUCUGGACGCGCUGGCCGAGAGCAAGACCCCGAUCGUCAGUGUCGACAUGCCCUCGGGCUGGAACGUGGAGAAGGGGCGCCAGGAGCUCUUCACGCAGCCAGACGACCAGGGCAAGUCGCGCCCCGUCAAGACAAUCGACCCCGAGGUGCUCGUGUCCCUUACUGUGCCGAAGGAGGGCGCGAAGGAGUUCAAGGGGAAGCACUGGCUCGGCGGCCGCUUUGUGUCGGACUCGCUUGACAAGAAGUACGACCUCAACAUUCCAGACUAUCCCGGGUUCGACGAGGUCGUCGAGCUGUCUCCGGGCAACUCGAAGCUCUAG